AUGAAUUAUGAUGGUGAUGGAAACCCAGACAGCGAGCAUAAUACUCCAGUAAAUGCCAGGUCAACAGGGAAGAGGAUUUUUCGGCGUCACAGUCCUCAACAAAUUGAGAUACUAGAAAAUUAUUUCAAAGAUUAUCCUCAUCCAGACGAAUCACAGAGACAAGAACUAUCCAAAGAGUUGAACCUCGAGAUAGAGCAAGUCAAAUGUUGGUUUCAGAACAAAAGAACUCAAAGCAAACUUCAAGAUGAGAGAAAUUCAAGAAUGUUGCUUAGCACAGAAAACAAAAAUCUCCAAUUUGAGAAUACUGUGAUGUCAGAGGUUUUAAAAAUUGUGACUUGUCCACCUUGUGGCGGUCCUCCUUUCGGCGGAGAUGGACGCAAUCUCCAAAAGCUGCAAUCUGACAACGCUCGCCUCAGAAGGGAGCGUGACAGAUUGGCCGACAUCGUAGCUAAGAACGAGUAUCAACAAACCAUGAUGGACCCAAUCACAUCUGUUCAAAGACAACAUACCUUUGAAACUCCCACCUCAUACGGAUUCAAUCCGAAUAUUCCCUUUGAGCGACCUAGCUCAUCGGAAUCUCAAACCCUCCAACCACAACUACUAUCCCAAAUGGAUAUAAUGCAGCUGUCUGAAACUGCGACAAGUGCGGUUGAAGAGCUUAAGCGGAUAUUUUUUUCUGAAGAAGCUCUUUGGGUUAUGUCGUCUGUCUAUGGAUCAUGUGUGAUCAAUCAAGAGAGCUAUGAGAAGUUCUCGCACUCCCUCAAAAAUUUCAGGAAAUUGAGUGCUCGUGUCGAGUCUUCUAAAGAUGUCAAGGUGGUUCCUAUAGAGGCAACAAGCUUGGUUAAUAUGUUCUUAGAUACGGAGAAAUGGAAAAAGCUUUUUCCAACGAUCGUGAACAAGGCCACGACGAUUUAUACAGCUGGAUCCGAGCUUCCGAUAAAAGAAAACUGCAAUGUCUUGCAAGUGAUAAGGGAGCAACUACACAUUUUGUCGUCAUUUGUGCCACCAAGGGAGUUUUUGAUCGUUAGAAGCUGCCAACAGAUCGAUAAAGGGCACUGGAUUGUUGCUGAUGUGUCACUCAAAACCGUUAACUCGGACCAGGGCAGUCCGUCUUGUUAUAAACGUCCUUCUGGUGUUCUCAUCCAAGCCUUGCCCAAUGAUCACUCCAAGGUAACGUGGAUAGAGCAUGUGGAAGUGGACCAUAAACCCGAAACACAUCGGAUAUAUCGAAAUCUUGUAAGUGGCGGUUGGGGCUAUGGAGCUAAGCGUUGGAUCAAAACCCUCGAGAGAAUGUGUGAGAGAAGGGUUCUCUCCUCCGUCCUAACCAUGCCGGCUACUGACUGGGGUGAAAUUAUACCGACAGUGGAAGUAAGGAAGAGUGUGAUGAAAUUAGGGGAAAGAAUGUUGCAGAAUUUCAACGAAAUAUUGAUCAUGCCCGGGAAAGUUGAGUUUCCGCAGCAAUCGAAAUGUGGAGUCAGAAUCUCGAUCCGGAUGAACAUGGAACCCGGUCAACCAACCGGUUCAGUUGCCAGUGCUGCAUCUUGUCUCUCAAUCCCUCUCACUCCUUUGCAAGUCUUCAACCGCCUGAGAAGCAACGUCAUUCGUCACCAGUGGGACGCUCUUUGUUAUGGAAACGAAAUCACUGAGAUCGCUCGCAUUUUCACCGGAACAAGUGAAACAAACUACAUCAGCGUACUCCAGCCUACACUACCAGGGGAUGGUGGCAAAGCUAUUGUACAAGAACCAAAAAACGAGAUGAUAAUGCUGCAAGAGUGUUACAUGGACGCAUUAGGAGGUAUGAUAGUGUACACUCCUCUUGACAUGGCUACAAUGAGCAUCGCUGCCUCUGGUGAAGUUGAUCCUUCGAAGAUUCCAAUCCUACCUUCUGGCUUCACCAUCUCAAGGAACAGCCGGGGACCCAUGGCGGGUGAGGACGGUGGAACUUUACUCACGUUGACUUUUCAGAUCCUUCUCUCUGCUGACAACAGUGGGAGCAUAAAUGUGAGUGAGAAUUCAGUGGACUUAGUGAGUAGUUUGAUCAGCAGAACUGCUCAAAACAUCAAGGCCUUGUUCAAUUUGCCUCCUGAGUGAGAGAAUACUCUCUUGAGAAUUCUCAUUUGUUCUUUUUCCUUUGGUUUCUGAGAGAAUAUACUCUUUUGUUAUUUUGGUUUUGUUGGAGAUGUUUUU